AAGAAGCGAAAAUCUUAGAUCUUCACGUGAUAACUGAAAUUUUUGUACGUAAUUAGAUCUACUAUUAGAUUACGCAGUGUCUUUUUAUCAAUUUUUCAAUAUGAACCGAUCAAGCGCAGGUUAUGAUCGUCAUAUUACUAUCUUUUCACCAGAAGGACGCCUUUAUCAAGUUGAGUAUGCUUUUAAGGCAAUAUCGAACUCUGGAGUAACGUCUGUUGGUGUUCGUGGUAAAGAUAGUGUUGUUAUCGUGACACAGAAAAAAAUUCCAGAUAAAUUGCUUGAUCCAUCUACUGUUACACAUAUGUUUCAAUUAUCACCUUAUGUUGGAUGUGUUAUGACAGGCUUGAUUGCUGAUGCAAGAGCUCAAGUUACUCGUGCAAGACAAGAAGCUGCUGAAUUUCGUUAUAAAUUUGGAUAUUAUAUGCCUUCAGAUAUGCUUGCAAAACGUGUUGCAAAUAUUAAUCAAGUUUAUACACAACAUGCUGCUAUGAGACCCUUGGGAGUUUCUAUGAUUCUAAUUGGAUAUGAUGAUGAAAGAGGACCGCAACUUUUCAAAUGUGAUCCCGCUGGUUAUUAUGUUGGAUAUAAAGCUACUGCUGCAGGAGCUAAACAGCAAGAAGCUUUGAAUCAUUUGGAGAAAAAACUUAAAAAGGAUCCAGUUUUAGAUUUUGAAGAAACAGUAGAGUUGGCUAUCAAUACUCUUUCGUCAGUAUUAUCAGCUGAUUUUAAAUCAACUGAAAUUGAGGUUGCUGUUGUCACUAAGGAUGAUCCAAAGUUCAGAACAUUAUCAAUUAAUGAAAUUGAUGAUCAUCUUCAACGUAUUGUUGAAAAGGACUAAAGAAAAUGGUUUAUGUAUUUACUAUUUAAGGAUUUUGUUAUUAGUAGAAUGAAUAAAUUUUUAUUUACAAGUGUAAUAAAAUAAACUAAAAUUUAUAAAU